AUGGCCAACGGUGACGUUAACCAGGCCGACAAGUCGGUCUUCGGCAUGCCCGGCUUCGUCGUCGACUUCAUGAUGGGUGGUGUUUCCGCUGCUGUCUCCAAGACUGCUGCUGCCCCCAUCGAGCGUAUCAAGCUCCUCAUCCAGAACCAGGAUGAGAUGCUCCGCGCUGGUCGUCUCGACCGCAAGUACAACGGUAUCGCCGACUGCUUCCGUCGUACCGCCGCCGCUGAGGGUGUUGUCUCUCUCUGGAGAGGUAACACUGCCAACGUCAUCCGUUACUUCCCUACCCAGGCCCUCAACUUCGCUUUCCGUGACACCUACAAGUCCAUGUUCGCCUACAAGAAGGAGCGUGAUGGAUACGCCAAGUGGAUGAUGGGUAACCUUGCCUCCGGUGGUGCUGCUGGUGCCACUUCCCUCCUCUUCGUUUACUCUCUGGAUUACGCUCGUACCCGUCUCGCCAACGACGCCAAGUCCGCCAAGGGCAACGGUGAGCGUCAGUUCAACGGUCUCGUCGACGUCUACAAGAAGACCCUCGCUUCCGACGGUAUUGCCGGUCUCUACCGUGGUUUCGGUCCCUCUGUUGCUGGUAUUGUUGUCUACCGUGGUCUGUACUUCGGCAUGUACGACUCCAUCAAGCCCGUUGUUCUCGUUGGUCCUCUCGAGGGUAACUUCCUUGCUUCCUUCCUUCUCGGCUGGACCGUCACCACUGGUGCUGGUAUCGCUUCUUACCCUCUUGACACCGUUCGUCGUCGUAUGAUGAUGACCUCCGGUGAGGCCGUCAAGUACAAGUCCUCCGCCGAUGCUUUCCGCCAGAUUGUCGCCCGUGAGGGUGUCAAGUCCCUCUUCAAGGGUGCUGGUGCUAACAUCCUCCGUGGUGUUGCUGGUGCUGGUGUCCUGUCCAUCUACGACCAGGUUCAGCUCCUGCUCUUCGGAAAGAAGUACAAGGGUGGCUCUGGCUAA